AUGUGUCAAUCCGCAGUCAAAGCUUCGUACUGGUUCCCCUCUCCUGACUUUCCGGCUACUGAGAUUGACUCAUCUCUCUUCACUCACCUCUUCUGCACUUUCGCCGAUCUUGACUCUGAAUCCAACCAAAUCACUAUCGCCCAAUGGAACCAAUCUGAGUUCCACUCUUUUACAACCACCGUCCAACAGAGAAACCCUUGCGUGCAAACCCUCUUGUCAAUAGGCGGUGGAAACGCUGACAAAUCCGCGUUUGCGUCCAUGGCAAGUAACCCCAGCUCCAGGAGAUCGUUCAUUGACUCGACAAUCAGCAUUGCUAGGUCGUACGGCUUCCACGGCCUCGAUCUAGACUGGGAGUACCCGAGAGAUGCAGCAGAGAUGAGCGAUUACGCGACGCUAUUGCAGGAAUGGCGAUCUGCGGUUUUGGCUGAGUCCAGUAGCACAGGCACACCGCCUUUGCUAUUGACGGCUGCGGUUUAUUACUCUUCGAAUUACCAUGGGGUAUUGUACCCGGUUGUCGCCGUUGCUAACACCUUGGAUUGGGUUAAUCUUAUGGCCUAUGAUUUUUACGGACCAGGUUGGUCCGAAGUGACGGGUCCACCCGCCUCUCUGCGUCUUCCGACUGCAGGUCGAAGCGGAGACUCAGGCGUGAAGGAGUGGAUUGAAGCCGGACUUCCAGCGAACAAAACAGUUUUAGGGUUCCCAUACUAUGGCUGGGCCUGGAUUCUUGCAAACCCCAACAGCAACGGAUAUGACGCUCCCACCACGGGACCGGCGAUAUCGAAUAUGACGGUGAGAUCAGUUACCGUCAGAUAA